CAUCAUGUUUUGUAUGCUGUUGGAGAGCUUAGGAAGGAACUUAUCAAGGCACCUAGCCCUACCACUCACCCAAAGAUCACUGGAAGCUAUAGAUGGAAUCCAUAUUUAAAGGACUGCAUUGGUGCCAUUGAUGGCACCCAUGUGCUGGCAAGGGUGCCUAGACACAUGCAGCAAGCUUUCAGGGGUAGGAAAACUAACCCGACACAAAAUGUGAUGGUUGCUGUGGACUUUGACCUCAAGUUCACAUAUGUUCUAGCUGGCUGGGAGGGGUCUGCCCAUGAUGCACUUAUCCUGGCUGAUGCCAUUGAGAGGGAUGAUGGGUUCACUGUCCCACAAGGUAAAUUCUACUUGGUAGAUGCGGGGUAUGCAUGCCGCACUGGCUUUCUACCCCCCUUCAGGGGGGUUAGGUACCAUUUGAGUGAGUUUGGGAGCAGAAAUCGACCUACCAAUGCAAGAGAACUGUUCAACCUGAGACACUCAUCACUUAGAGUUACUGUGGAGAGGGCUAUAGGUGCAUUGAAGAACAGGUUUCGUAUCUUGGACAACAAGCCCUUUCACAAGUAUGAUCAGGGUGGGUUUGUCCCAGCUACUGAUGUGAUGACUGAGACGAUAAGGGUUGGUGCUAGUGCACCAGCUAACGCUGAUGAUGCUACUGCAUCUAGUGCUGGUGCUGCUCCAGCAGCAGCUGGACUUGUUGCUGCUGUUCCCGGGGGUCCUAGGGCAAUGAGGUGGAACAACAACACCUCUGGAUUUAUUCUUAGGAGGAUGGCUCAACUUCUUAGUGAUGGUAGCAGGCCUGACAAGGUCUUCAAGGACAAGGAUGUCAACUCUGUUGCCAAAGCCCUUAAGGAGUACAGUGGGGAGGCAGUGAGCCCAACUCAGGUGUAUAACCACUUGAGGAAAUGGAGGCAGAAAUGGUCUAGGGUGUCUAAGCUCAAAGACCUUAGUGGGGCUUUAUGGGAUAGUGACUCCAAUGCUAUCUUGCUUGAUCAGGAGCACUACCUUGGCCACUGCAAGGACCAUCCAAAAGAUGCAGAGUUCCUAAACUGCCCUAUUAGGUUCUACACUGAGAUGGAGGCCAUUUUUGGCCAUGCUAUGGCCACUGGCAAAUUUGCACUUGGUUCUGGUGAAGCCUUAGGACAGAACCAGGUUGAUAGUGUUGCUGCCAAGGUUGAGGGACCUGCCUUCACCUAUAUCUCUGAAGAGAGAGCACAAACUGAUGUUGGAGAGGGUAGCAAGGCCACCGAGAACCCCUCCAUAGUUGUGGGUAGGAAGAGGAAGAGAGGGAACUUCAGUGAGGAUGAGAUGCUUAUGUUGACCAAUAUGUCUGAUGCAGUGAACAAUGUGGCUAAUGCCCUUAGAGAGACUGGACCUGCCCAUGUGGAUGCUAACCUCUACCUAGCUGUGAUGGAGAUGCCUGGCUAUUCUGAGGAGGCACUGAUUGUUGCCUACACCUUCCUCCUGGACAACAAGGCUCAAGGCAGGGGCUUUGUUCACAUGACUGAGGCACAUAGAAACAUUUGGCUUAGGACCUUCCUAGCCAAGAACUACUACAUGUAGGUGAAUUACAUGUUGGUGUGCGCCACCACCCACUCUCUCUUCCUACCCACUCUCUCUUUUGACUAUAGCUGGGAAUAGUUUGUUGUAGACAUUUUGGUGUGCAGUCUGGUUUACUCCCACCAGUCCUUUUGUCUAAUUUACCUAGGAGGGUGGCUAACAAUAGGUAACAUUUGGGUGGACACCAUUUGAACCCUAAGCUGUUGGGCUCAAACUUAUUGUAAGGCACUAUUUGUGUAGCCUCUGUUGGCUGCUGUGGUAAGUUUAUAUUAUUUCAUCCAUUUCAUACUAUGAUUGAAGUUUUUACUUGGCCAAUGAUGCUAUAUACACCAAUCUGAGGUGCAUUUGCAUUUGAUGUGUUGUACUGCAGCUGAGGCCCGUGUUUACUUGUGCUUUCCUUUAUUCCUAUGAUGACAUAAUUGCCAUUGAACCAUGUUGUCAUUAUUGCCCGUGUUAAUGUGGAUGAUCUUUAAAUUGUGAGGUACUGGGCAUAUGCUGAAAAUUAUGUUGUUUCCACCAUGUUGUGAUUAUUGCCUUGGAACCAUGGGGCACAUCCAUGCCCAAUGCAACUGUUAUCCACAAAAGAUGACUUGAUGGCUGGGUUGGAUGAAUAUCAUGGUUUCAUGGCUGCCCAGCUAUGUUCCUUAUGCUCCAAGUUAAAAGAUCACA